AUGGCAUGGCCCAAAGCUCAGCCAUUUACAGCUGCCUCUCUAUCAGCGGAACAUAAGUUGGAAUCGUCAGACAUCAUCCGAGGAGCACCCAUCUCCACGCUUUCCAACUUCAACCAGCAGCGUUCGGAGAACACACUCGACGCUUUGUUAAAUGAACUCCAAACUUAUUCAAGACCAUCAUCACAAUUAAGCCAAACUUCCAAUGCCACUCAACAUAUCGAAUAUUUACCAUCACCUAUAAUCGUUUCAAAACAUACACCAUCUACAAAGUUAAAAAAAGUAAUCAAUAAUGAUCGAAAAAAAAGCAUGGAUUCUUUAAAUACUUUAACGACCAAGACGCAGAAUACGAGUAGUACACUUCGAAGACUUCACUCUUAUCCGUCUGGUUCUGAUACUGAUACGUCUCCUCCGACAACAAAUAUAGAUGAUUCUGAAAGUAUUAAUACAUUUGAAAAACCACCAAUACCAGAAAGAAACGUCGAAUUCUUGCCACUAGCAACACUGAAACGAGUUCCUCCUCCCCCACCACCUAGAACUAGUUCAAAGUCACCAUCAAUAAGUCCUACGAGCCCUCAAUUACCUCCAAAAAACUCCGCAAGUAUUUCAUACAGAAAUCGCCAUGCUAAAGAAAUCACUGAACUAUCUAUUCGUUUUCCAACUCACAUAGUUCAAGAACAAGUGCUCAAUCAGACUCAAGCAAGCAAUGUACACACUACAUCAGAUUCUAGUUCAUGUGAAAGCAUCAAUUCCCAAGAUGGUUCACAAAAUAAAAAAGAUAGACAGGAUCAACUGGAAUUACGCCACAAAGAGCUUCUUCGAAAACAAAAAACUCUUCAAGAACAAUACGCUCGAUUACAACAACUCCAAAGAAAUACGGCUGGUUCGAUAACAACACCUACAGAGUCACCUGAUCUUUUGAAGAAAACGGGAUCUGAAAGCAACAUUUUGGCGAAAAUGGGCCUUGGUCUGUGUACUAUGAAUUCUGGGUCACUAACAAGCCUGACAUGUAAAGAUUAUCCAGAACCACAAUUAUCAUCGAAAAUUGAAUCACAUCAUUCUCUCGUAAUUUCUGCAGUUGAAGAACAAGCAUCAUCCAAUAAAAUUUAUGAAACUGACAUACUGUGA